UUCCUUUCUUACUUAGCUUAAUCAUAAUCAAAAUCAUUGACCUUUGUUCAUAUCAAACUUUUUAAUCAAUCAUUCAUUUCCAGGGAAUAUUUAUGUCUGUUGUUAUGACUUCGACUCCCAAAGGGAUCGCUAUUGUUAUAAUGGGUGUGAGUGGCGCCGGGAAAUCAACUAUAGGAGAAAUGCUUGGGGAAGCUCUAAAUUGUAACUUUAUUGAUGCUGAUGAUUUUCAUCCACAGUCAAACAAAGAGAAGAUGAAAAACGGGAUCCCUUUGUCAGACGAAGACAGAAACCCAUGGCUUGAAACACUUCGGGACGUUUUGAAUGUUAACAUAGUAAGCGGUAAAACUGUGAUUCUUGGGUGUUCUGCCCUACAAAAGCACUACAGGGACAUCCUCAGGUCUGCUGACCCGAAUUAUCAUGGUGGUACACAUGACUCGUGUGUUGUGAAGUUUGUUCUGUUACAUGUUGGGGUACAGGUUCUUAUGGAUCGAGUGCUGAAAAGAGCAGCAGAAGGGAAGCAUUUCAUGCCACCCGAACUGCUGCAGUCCCAAAUCGACUUACUUCAGGUUGAUGAUUCGGAAGGGAUAUUUAAAGUUGAUGCAUCCCUGAGUCCAGAAGCUAUUGUGAACAACAUAAAAGCAUCGCUUUUCUCAUCCAGAAUGACUUCAAGAUGAGCUGUUAUUCGCGUAUAGAUAUUCUUGUUGUAUUGAAUUUUCUGUAUACAUGACAUUACCUGGUACAAAAUAAGUUAUUUGAAAAUGUAAUCUUUAUCAGAAACAGAGUUUUCUGUCUUGUUUAAUUGCAAUGGGGAUCUUGCAUAUCAUUUCUGAUUGUAGGCAA